AUGCCAAGUGACCAGGGCCGGUCCAAGGGCGGUGCGAGCGGUGCGACGGCACCGGGCGCCAUCAAGUCGGGGGCGCCGAAAUCAACCGGGACAAACGACUCGCGCGUUCGACCGAUCGUCGAUCGGUCGAGCGUACGAGUCACGGGACAAGAGAGCGGAGCAGUCAUAACUGAACAUGGAAUAUAUCCCUCGACAUAUUCUAUCAACACAAUAGACACGAAAAGCAAGCAAAAAGAUGUCGAGGAGAGCGCCUACGAUCCAUUUCAGCACAGAAAGUUGGAGCACCCGAACUCAGACGUGAGAUCAUUCGCCAACCUUCUGAAGUCAUCCCUGGGAUCCGGCAUUUUAGCGAUGCCGGCGGCUUUCAAGAAUGCGGGUACAGUUGCUGGAGUUUUCGGUACCAUCAUCCUUGGUUACAUUUGCACGCACUGCGUAUACUUGUUGGUAAAAACGUCGCAAGAAGUAUCACGGGUGUCAAAGGUCCCGGCGCUCGGUUACGCUGAAACCGUGGAGGCAGUAUUCGCAACGGGCCCACAAUGUUUAAGAAAAGUUUCUAAAACUGCAAGGAUAUUUAUAGACUGGGCAAUGGCGUUCACCAUUCUUGGCGCCUGUGCUGUCUAUGUUAUACUGCUUGUGGAAUCUGUUAAACAGAUUGUCACAUACUACUAUAUCGAUAAUGGGCUGACCGACACGAUAUACUGUUUGAUAUUCACGGUGCCGAUACUGAUAUUCACACAGAUUAAAAACCUGAAAUACCUGGCUCCCUUUUCGGGCUUUGCCAAUAUAUUGUUGAUCGCCACCUUCCUCAUAUGUCUGUAUUACAUCUGCGCCGAGUUCCCCAGCAUCGAUUCCAGGCCUAUGACAGUUGGCAUAGAGAGGCUACCGCUAUUCAUCGGUACAGUUAUAUUCGCAAUGGAGGGAAUCGGCGUAGUGCUGCCAGUUGAGAACACAAUGGAAAAGCCUCAACACUUCCUCGGAUGUCCAGGUGUUUUGAACAUAACCAUGUCUAUCGUGAUUCUACUUUAUAUGACGAUGGGUUUCCUAGGAUACAUUCGCUAUGGCGAUGAAGCUGCAGGGAGCAUAACACUCAAUCUACCAACUAAAGAAAUCCCGGCCUUGAUGGCGAAGUGCUUUAUUAUCGUGGCUAUAUUCUUCACUUACACGCUACAGUUCUACGUGCCGAUGGAAAUCGUGUGGCGUAACACGAACCAAUACGUUUCGAAAAAAUAUCACAAUUACGCGCAAUCAAUUAUGAGGGCAGCGUUCGCAGUUCUGACUGUGAUCGCGGCGGCUACGUUGCCGCAACUCGAGCAAGUCAUCGGUUUGGAGGGAGCAUUUUUCUACUCGUUCCUGGGCCUCAUCGCGCCUUCGUUAAUACACCUCAUAUUCUGCUGGGAGAGGGACCUGGGGAGAUACAACUACGUCCUUAUUAAAGAUGUUUUGCUCAUCGUAUUCGGAAUGUUCGUUCUUGUCACGGGUGUUAUGCAGAGCAUCAGGGAAAUAAUAAAUCUUAGCAUU